UCAACCACCAAAAAAGAAAAACAAAAAAUAAUAAUAAUAAAAAAUGGUAGGUUUGAAGAGCUACAUUGUGGCAUUGCCUGUAGUAGUCUUCUAUCUAAUCUUUGCCUCCCAUGUUGAUGCAUCCUACGACUUCUGUGUCACCGCCAUGGACAAAGAGCUGUGCAAGAAGAUGGUGGAGGGAGCAACAUAUUGGGACGAGGCAGCAACUAAGGCAAUAACUGCGGCUACGCAGGAACUAGCCAAGGCCAUUGAGUCAGGAAACCCCGCGUGUAAAAAGUCCUACAAAGAAACCGAAGAAAACUUGAUGGAGAGCUUGGAGACGGUGGGCACGAUUCGCGAGGGGGAUAAGGUUGGUAGUUUGGACCUCAAACUUGCAGCAGCGUUAACUAGCCUUGAUGAUUGCACUAAAGCACUCAAAGGGGAACCAGACGCAUCUGCUGCUAAGAUAUUGAACCACAGUGUCGAGGAAGCAAUUAGGGUUUGUUUGGCUGUUUCAUCAUCCAAAGUAGCCGCCUCAUCAUCCAAGUCAGCCAACUCAAAUGCAUCGCCAUCGUUCACUCUCAUAUCAUGAAAUAUAAUGUUACAAAAAUAAUUCCGAAUUAUAAUGUUAAAUCGAAUGGUAUAAUUUUUUUUUUUAAUACUGAAACUAAAAAAAAAUCAAACCGAAUCCUGAAUCGUCCCCUCUAAAUGAAAUAACUAUAGUAAAAUUUUAAUGUAUUUUGCAUGAUAUGAUCCAUUAAAAUUAAUGACCAAUGUGAUCGAGAUGAUUGGUCACUUAUUUACUAUGUAGUACUAUAACAUUUUUAUUUGA